AACACAGAGUACUGAUGACAGAGGUUUGGAUAAUCGCUGUUCUACUGGCCUGACUUCUAGUUCAAAUGCAGACAAAAUAAAGGAAGCCUUAUUAAAAAGGAAGAAAAGCACAGCAAAAAAACGACAGGAAAUAAUAAAUCCUUCUGUGGUUCAGAUGGACAGUGUUCAAGAAGUGUUGCCAGAAACAGUGGAAUCGGAGUCUUCUCAGAUAGUAGCAGAAGUAUCUCCACAGGAAAUAUUAAAUGCUUCUGUGGUUCAGAUAGACAGUGUUCAAGAAGUGUUGCCAGAAACAGUGGAAUCGGAGUCUUCUCUGAUAGUAGCAGAAGUAUCUCCACAGAAUUCGUUGGAUAAUGCUGAGACGACGGAAGGAGAAUCAAAUAAUAUAUCAUAUAAUAAUAUUCUCCAAGUAUACACUAAUCGCUUCAAAGAACACGACAAUUUUUUGGCUAAUUUAAAAGCAAAUCUUCAAGCAGCACUGGCAGAGAAUGCCCAAUUAAAAAGGGAGAUAGUCACUAAGAACAAAAUAAUAGAAAAUAAAAAUACUAAAAUUGUAGAAAUAGAAGCAAUGAACAUCAAACUUCAACAUCAAGUUGUCGAUGGAAUGGUCGAAGUUUCUAGUUUAAUUCGAGGCCAUCAUGCUGACAUUGAUGGGGAGAGUACAGCAGUGGAAAUACCUGUAGGUAAAAUUACUUCGAACUAUAGAAAGUUUCACAUGGGAAGAGGCGAAUUUUUGAACAUUGAACAUUAUGCGAUGGCAAUGAGCAAUAUAAAUUCAAACCCCCAAUUUGUCAAAAAUAUUGCUUCAUCCGUUUUCGACAAGGAAACUUUACUCAGAAGCUCUGUAACAGGGAAAAAAAGUGGUCGGAGUAAAAAUCAAGAAAUUCCAUAUUCAUUGGACAAAAUUAAAUUGUUAGCAAUCAAAGAUACCUACAAGUAUUAUUUGCGGACAGAAAAAAAAUUUUCUAAAAACGACGCUGAUUGGGAAGCCCAUAGCACUUUCAAUUACAUAAGUCGGAAAAUUAGCGAUUUAAAAGGUCAUAAAUGCAAAAGUAAGUAAUUGUAUAUAUUAAUU